AUGUCCUCCUCGGCGAGCAACCCCUGGGCAGAGCCCAUGUCCAAGCCUGCAGACGAGAUGAAGACCUACCUUGCGACCCUGCCCGACUUUGUCGAGGGCUCGAAGCGCCUCGAUGUCCGCCCGACCCACCUCGAGCACGCCGCCGUCGGCCACAAGCAAGGCUGGAUCGUGACCGCCGGCGCAACAUUCGCCGACGACGCACGGACCAAGAUGACUGGGUCGUGGUUCUGCCUGCGCGAGGAGUCGCUCGACAAGGCGCGAGAGCGGUUGAGUCGGGACGUGUACGCGACUGGAGGAGCAUGGGACAUGUCCAAGGCUACCAUCACGCCCGUCGCUGUCGCCAAGCACUGAAACGCGGUGCUUCUCUGCACGAGCCUCGCUC